AUGGAGACUCGGGUGAAAUUAUUUUUAAAACUUGCACCAGAUACUUUGGUACACAGCUACAAGAGUUUCAAUGGAUUUGUAGCGAGGCUAACCAAAGAAGAAUCAGAAAGAAUGAAAGGAAUGGAUGUGGUGGUUUCUGUUAUUCCAAAUAGAAUCCACAGUGUCCAAACAACAAGGUCAUGGGACUUUCUUGGCUUCCCUGAAAAUGUCCCAAGAACGGAGGUAGAAAGUAACACAAUCGUUGGAGUAAUCGACAGUGGAAUUUGGCCUACUUCCUCUAGCUUCACCGACGGAGACUUUGGUCCACCACCACAGAAAUGGAAAGGAACAUGCUAUAACUUCACUUGUAAUAACAAAAUCAUUGGAGCAAAAUAUUUUCGUCUUGAUGGUGAUUUCGCCGAGGAGGACAGAAUAUCUCCAACUGAUACCACUGGUCACGGGUCUCAUUGUGCAUCAACUGCGGCUGGAAACCCUGUUAGGAAUGCAUAUUUAUUUGGGCUUGGCUUAGGAACAGCAAGAGGAGGAGUUCCAUUAGCACGUAUUGCUGUGUAUAAAGUUUGCUGGACAAAUUAUUGUAAAAGUGCUGACAUUCUUGCAGGAUUUGAUGCAGCCAUUACGGAUGGUGUUGACAUUAUAUCUCUUUCAGUGGGACCUACAAAAGUCAUGCACAUGGAAUAUUUUGAAGAUAUAUAUGCAAUAGGAGCCUUCCAUGCAAUGAAGAGAGGCAUAUUAACUUCUCAAGCUGCAGGCAAUUUGGGUCCUUUUCCUUACACAAUGUCAAAUCUUGCACCCUGGUUCAUUUCCGUGGCUGCUUCCACCAUAGACAGAAAGUUUUUAACCAAACUCCAACUGGGCAAUGGCCUAAUCUUCCAGGGAAUUUCAGUGAAUACAUUUAGUCCAACACAGAAGAGUUACCCUUUAAUUUAUGCGGGAGAUGCACCAGCCGCUGGAUCUAAAAGUUCCACAUCCAGCAAAAGCCUUGAAAAUUAUUUGGAUGGAGCUUUGGUGAAAGGGAAAAUUGUUUUGUGUGAUGGCUAUACUCCUUCUCAAUAUGUGGGAUUUGCUUCUGGGGCUGCUGGUCUUAUAUUUAUAUUCCCUAGUACAGCCCCUUUAGUUGUGGCAGAUAUAUAUGCAUUGCCAGCUAUUAGCAUUACCGCAAGUGAUGGGGAUACCGUAUUUUCUUAUUUAAGGUCAACAAGUCGUGAUUAUCUGAUUUAUAUGUCAUGUCACCGAUUAUUGAGUAAUCCAGCAGCUACCAUAUUCACGAGUUACGAAGGAAAAGAUUCAUGGGCCCCGUACAUUGCUCCUUUCUCAUCAAGAGGUCCAAAUAAGGUCACUCCAAAUAUUCUUAAGCCUGAUAUAGCAGCUCCAGGAGUUGAUAUUCUGGCUGCAUGGUCUCCGAUUUCUCCUAUUUCUGGUGUUAAAGGAGACAGAAGAGUAUCAUAUUUCAAUGUAAUAUCUGGAACGUCAAUGGCAUGCCCUCAUGUUACUGCAGCAGCUGCUUACGUCAAAUCAUUUCAUCCCAACUGGUCUCCUGCUGCAAUAAAAUCCGCGCUGAUGACAACUGCUACUCCUAUGAAUCCUGUACUUGAUGUACAUGCUGAAUUUGCUUACGGUGCGGGGCAACUCAAUCCUUUGAAGGCAGCAAAUCCUGGACUAGUUUAUGAUGCUGGUGAAUAUGAUUAUAUUAGUUUUCUGUGUGGACAAGGUUAUAGUUCAUUAGCGCUGGAAAUAAUUACAGGAGAUAACAGCAAUUGCACAUCAGCAAAUAAAGGGUCUGUUUUCAACCUUAAUCUCCCAUCUUUUGCUCUAUCAACCCCUCGGUCAAGCUACAACAAUGUCACUUUUGGUAGAACUGUCACAAAUGUUGGAUCAGCUACAUCCACAUAUAAGGCCACAAUAACUGCAUAUCCAUCUUCUCUAAAUGUCCAAGUACUGCCAAAUGUUUUGGCCUUUUCAUCGUUUGGUCAGAUGCUGUCUUUUACCCUUAAGAUUGAAGGAAGCAUUAAUGCGGACUUGGUUUCUUUUUCUUUGAUUUGGGACGAUGGCACUUUUAAGGCAAGGAGCCCCGUUGUUGUUUAUGUUCCAUAAAUCUUCUGCUACCAGCACUUGUCAGUGCAACAAAAAAACAACUUGAAUGGCAAAGUUGUAAGCCUUGUAGGCUGCCAAAUAAGUUU